UUCCAGCUCAGAUGCCUCAUAUCGUUGCUUUCUGCAAGACACGUUGUACUUCGAGCUGCGACAGGCUCUGGAAAAACCCUUGCUAUGAUUCUCCCUUUACUGCUUUCUCCCAACAAGAUAGCCAUCACAGUCACCCCUCUGAAAUUGCUGCAG